AGGCGACGGGGCAAUACCAGUGCGCUCUAUCUGAAAAGUUGUUACGUAGACUCUUGUCUUGCCAUACAGGAUGUGGCCCCCAGCACAGGCAAGAUAUCUCUCCUUCCUCCAGUCUUCUUGGUAAAAGCCCACUUAGGAAAGAAAUGUGGUUAUGUACUUGUUUUUCGAAACAAAAAAAAUGUAAUGUUUUCCUAAUUCAUUUCAUAUUUAUGAAAAUGCCUUAUCCCAAAUCUCCCUUUUCCGAAGACUUUAAUACAGAAAUACUUAUAUCCUCAAAAGAGGGUGUUUCGGAAAAUUACAAAAUUAAUGUAGUACAAAUUUUAGAAUGGCUCUGCACAGCCCCAACAAUCACCUCUUAUAGAGUAAAUACACUAAAGGCUCAAAAAGAGGCUGUAAUUGAAUUGCUUCAGAACAAAUUAAAUAAAAUGUAUGGAGCAAAUAUUGUAAAUUGUCAGUCUACUGAGAAGUUAGAUAAUACUGUUUUAAUUAAGCACUUGGAAGUAAAGCACUCAUCGUUUGUAAAAUAUCAAAAUGAAAUAAUUGUUGAUACUAUUUGUGCUGCAGCAGUUCUUCGUGGUGCAAACAUAUAUGCACCAGGGGUCUUAGGAAUGGUAUCAGGAACUCAAGUUGAUGAUAAGGUUAGUAUUUAUGCUGAUCUUAAUAAAAAAUGCAAAAAGGGUUUAUUAAAUAUAUUUCUUGAUCCAAAGAAAAUUUUUAUUGGUAAUGGUAUAGUGAAAAUGACAAGAGAACAGUUAUUUGGGGAGAACUUAAACCCAACUGGGGUUGCUAUUGAAGUGUUUGAGGUGAUUUCAGGCUGCCCACCUUUAGGUGAUUUCCUACCUCCUAAUUGGGCUUUAUUGCAAAAUAUUCCAUCAAUAGUGUGUGUUCAGGCUUUAAAUCCCCAAAAAGGUGAACUAAUUUUAGAUAUGUGUGCAUCUCCAGGAAAUAAGACAACACAUAUUGCUGCAUUAGUUGAAAAUGAUGCAACCAUUAUUGCUAUUGACAAAACUCCAAAAAAAGUUGAACAACUUAAAAACAAUUGUAAUAAUUUUGGAGCAAAUGUUUCAGUUUUUCAAGCAGACUCUUGUAAAAUUUGCAGCAAAGACUGUUCCGGUCUAGCACCACCUUUUUUACCAGAAACUUUUGAUAGAAUCCUUCUUGAUGCACCUUGCAGUGUACUUGGGAAAAGGCCACAAUUUAGAAAUACCUCAACUGAAAAAAUGAUAAAAUCAUAUGUUCCAUUGCAGAGAAAACUUUUUAGUACUGCUGUUGCUUUACUUAAACCUAAAGGCACAAUGGUUUAUAGCACUUGCACCAUCACUUUGGCUGAAAAUGAAGGGAUGGUAGCUUGGGCUCUUAAAAAUUUUGAUUGUUUGGAGCUUGUCAAGCCAGAAAAGGGACACUUUGGUGGACCAGGAUGGUGUGGCACAAGCUUAAGUGAGAGUGAUAAGCAUAAAGUGUUAAGGUUUGGGCCUGGACAGGAGAUGGAUAGUAUAGGAUUUUUUAUAUCUUGCUUUGUUAAGAAAUUUUGAUUUUAAGCUAUAUGUAAACAUUUUAUUCUCUUAAAUAAAUUUAAGUUAACUUGAA